UCAACUGGAGCCGCUUAUGUUGUGCAGCAACCUACGACAGUUUCCAACAUUAGCAGAAGGGUGAAGUGUUUGUUUUCUUACUUAAGUCGCCACUUGUUCGUCUUCGGAUAAAAGAUCGUUUUUGCGUGUCCGGUGGAGGAUUAAGUGUGGUUACAUGUUGUGCAGUUCGCAGUGUUUGCGUGAAGACUUCCAACUGGCGAAUCGCAUCAGUUCGCCCGGAGGGUCAUCGUCAGCGACGACACCCUCUGCUCCGCCAGCGUCAACUGUUUAGAAAAUGACCGGAGAGAAGAUCCGCUCCCUGCGCAAGGAUCACAGGCCAAACAAGGACGAGGAUUUACUGGAGCCGGACGAGGAGGCUGCCACCGGGACCUUCACCGCCUCCAAGGCGAACAACAAGAGCAGAGCGAGUAAAAUCUUCAGCAAUCACAAGUUAAUCAAGUCUUCAUCCACACAGCAGCAGAACCAGCAGUCGCAGAUUAACGCUAACACUAACACACUGUCGGAUGUUAUCGAUGACAACAACAAAAACCCCAUCAUCCGAACCGGGCAGGACUUUCCGGUGCAUGAAUGUGUGUUUAAAGGAGAUGUCCGACGCCUGUCUUCACUCAUACGGACGCAGAAUAUCGCCCAGAAAGACGUCCAUGGAAACACACCGUUGCAUCUGGCUGUCAUGAUGGGGCACAAAGAGUGCGCACACCUGCUGCUGGCCCACAAUGCACCAGUGAAGGUGAAGAACGCUCAGGGAUGGAGCCCCCUCGCUGAGGCCAUCAGCUACGGAGAUCGACAAAUGAUCACAGCGCUGCUAAGGAAGCUGAAGCAACAGUCCAGGGAGACUGUGGAGGACAAGAGGCCCAAGCUGCUGAAAGCCCUGAAAGAACUUGGAGACUUUUACUUGGAGCUUCACUGGGACUUCCAAAGUUGGGUGCCUUUGCUCUCCAGAAUCCUGCCUUCAGACGCCUGUAAGAUCUACAAGCAGGGCCUCAAUAUAAGAUUGGACACUACCCUUAUAGACUUUACAGACAUGAAGUGUCAGCGUGGGGACCUCAGUUUCAUCUUCAACGGCAACGCCAUCCCCUCAGAGUCCUUUGUUGUGCUUGACAACGAGCAGAAAGUCUACCAGCGGAUACAUCACGAGGAGUCGGAGAUGGAGACAGAGGAGGAAGUGGACAUUCUGAUGAGCAGCGACGUGUACUCUGCCACACUCUCCACUAAGUCCAUCACCUUUUCCAGGGCGCAGACCGGCUGGCUGUUCAGAGAGGACAAGACGGAGCGCGUGGGAAACUUUCUGGCUGAUUUCUACUCUGUGAACGGCCUGGUGCUCGAGUCCAGGAAGAGACGGGAGCAUCUGAGCGAGGAGGACAUUUUGAGGAACAAAGCCAUCAUGGAGAGUCUAAGCAAAGGAGGGAAUCUCAUCGAGCAGAACUUUGAGCCUGCGAGGAGGCAGUCUCUAACUCCCCCUUCACCCAACACUAUAUCCUGGGAAGAAUACAUCACUGCUGACAAUGGAAAAGCUCCUCAUCUAGGAAGAGAGCUGGUCUGCAAAGAGAGCAAGAAAAACUUCAAAGCCACGAUAGCCAUGAGUCAAGACUUCCCUCUGGGCAUCGAAUCGUUAUUGAAUGUUCUGGAGGUGAUUGCACCCUUCAAGCACUUUAAUAAACUCAGGGAGUUUGUUCAGAUGAAGCUCCCCCCUGGCUUUCCUGUCAAACUCGACAUCCCUGUCUUUCCUACGAUCACAGCCACUGUGACGUUUCAGGAGUUUCGCUACGACGAGUUUGAUCAGUCAAUUUUUACCAUUCCCAACGACUAUAAAGAAGACCCUAGCCGUUUCCCUGACCUUUAACCUCUCAAGUUUGAACAGGAGACAAACGUGCAACGAGGCAACGUUAUGCUACAAAACAUAAUUUUUGAAUUACGAAAGGAAUAAUGGAGGGAAAAAGUAUUGUUUCUCGACAGUUUAUGGAUUUCCAUCACCCAUGUCAAUCCUGAACGCAAACGGCAACAAAACCAUUGAGUUUGACAUACAGGACUUGAAAAGCUGAUGGAGGCCUACAAUGGCAUCGACAGUCGACAUCUCCUCAAAUUAACAAAGAGUUUUGAAGCUCAGCGUUCCAGGUUUUUACUUACACCUUCAGAUUUGGUUUAAUCCAUCAGCCGAGGCAGGGAGUGCAACAAACAUGGAGCUGAGAGUCUGAAUGUCUUAUCAGCAAAAGGGCAUUGAAGUUAAAAAUAAGUGACAGCAGAGCAAAGACAGACAUCCAGUUCAGUUGAUGCUAUGUAUUUAAGUAUGUAAGUAAUGUUUAUAAAGGGAAUGUGUUAAACUGACCUGUAGUAAAGCACUGAUAUUAAUGUGUGAGUCGUUGGGGAGGAUUUCCACCAAAAAUGACAUUUUAGGUUUUUUUCCUGCUUCAGUAAAAAAAAAAUGUAAUAUUAGAUCUGAUGUCACACCUGUAAUAAUUAUAUUAUAAUAAAAUCAGUUUUUGCACUCAAUUAUUUAACAAUAUCAAAUUUAGUAAAGUGGCAUCUUUUGUAGGUUAAAAACCUAAAAAUCAGUUUUUGCAGAAUUCCUUUAAGUGUAUGCGAGUGUGUGUGUAUGUUUUGGUGUGUGUGUG